AUGGCAGACUGGCGGAAACGUAAUAGUAUGGUAACUGAUAUGUACCAAAAACUGUAUGGUCCUACAUGUACGAGUGAUUAUAUUAAAACAAAAACUGAAAUUGAACAUAAAAUUGAUAAAUUUAACUAUAGUGACCCAAAAAAUUACUGUAGAAAUUGCCAUGAAAUAAGGAAAAAUAUAACUGAAAAAUCUAAACAGUUACAGCAUUGUUAUCGUUUAUCAGGAUUUCAUCCAAUUGAAAGUAUUUACAGAAUAAAGGAAUUUAUAAACAAAUGUCCUGAUCCUCCUAAAUGUAAAAACCCUGUCGUGCCUCCUCCCAAUAGACCGGUUCCAGAAAAACAAACAAAUAAAGAUCCUUGUAGAGGAGAUGCGAAAUGUAAACCAAAAACCGUUCCUGCAAAGGAACAAAAAGCUAAAUCACCAGGAUUAGUUUCACGGAAUCCUAAAAGUAGAAGUCCAGAAGUACAAAAUUCACUAGAACGAAAUAUUGGCUCUUCUAAAGAAAAAGUAAAUUCACUAAAAGAACCCCAAACAACGCCUUCUACUGGUUCUCUUGGUACUCAAGAUGAUAGGUCUAAAUCAAUAGUUCGUCAGUCUUCGGUUAAUCCUGAAACAAUAAGUCGUGAUACUGGGGAUUCCCAUUCAAGUAGUAGUUCUCAAGUAGAAGAUAUAAAAAAAGGUAUUUCUGCAGCUGAUCAACCUGGUGGCCAAAAUGCAGGCUGUAAUCAGCAUCAAGAUCAAUGUGUUCGUGCUCAAAUAAAUCAAGGUUUAAUCGAUGAUAAUAAGGAAGCUGCUGCUGCAAAUUCUGUUAAUGGAUCUAUUGUAGAUAAAAGUACUCUUGGUGAAGAACAUGUUGAUGGACAGCAUCCUUCUAGAAUUCAGGAUACAAGUGGUAUUACAACACCAUCUAAUAAUUUAGCUUCUGGUGAUGAAUUUCUUGUUCCUCAAGGCGGAAUUGGUACAGGUGGUGAUGGAGGUCAUAAUCAUGAUGCUUCACAUAGUCCAAAUAGCGAUCAUAUUGAUGUUUUACGUGUUAACACUGCUGACGGUGAAAGUUCUGGUAUUGAAGGUUCUCAUUCCUUAAGAGUUGUCAGUGAUGUUUUAUGUAAUGGAGAUUCUUGUAUUACAGGACAAGGUGACGAAUUAACUGAUGAUGUUGGUGAUAAAUCAGGUAUAUUUAAUAAAAUUUUCAGUACAAUACAAGCCAACAAAGACAAUGUCAUAAAUACUUCAAUACCCAUGGGAAUUGUUCUGUUGCUAAGCCUUCUUUUUAAAUACACUCCUUUAUGGAGGAUUCUUACUAAGAGGAAUCGGAAGAAACAGUCGCAUAUGAACGAAAAGCUACAAAGGGUACUACAACAACCUUCAAUUGGAAGUGAAGAAAGAAGUGUUCCAUUUUCAUAUAGUGCUUUUGAAUAUUCAUCAUAGUGAUCAAUAUGAAUACUAAAAAAGUUAAAAUUCUUAUUUUACAUUAAACAUUAAAUAUGAAUACCUUUUUUAGUAAUUUAUUUUUAGUGAACUUGUUUGUUAAAUUAGCACAGAAAUAUUUGCAUCAUAUUUUUUAUUAUACACAAUUUUAGAAAAGAUAUAAGGAAAAUUGGAUUACACUAUUGUAAUCAGCAUGUGACAAUAACAAUACUGCAUUUUUUUUUAUAAGUUUUUAAAUCAUGUCUAUUAUUUAAAGUGUUAUUCAGAUUAUAUGCAAUGAAAAAUACUUUGUUUAGUAAAUACACGUAUAAGUUAGUUCAACUUAGGUAUUUAUAUUUUGUUUUAUUUAAUAUACUAUUUUUUUAAUCAAAAACUAAAACAGAAUAAACUUUUUUUUAGUGCUUAUAUGGAUAACAUUUUUUGCUUCCUUAACAUAAAAUUAAAAAAGAGUUAUGAUAUCGGAAAAAAUUUUUCUUUUUUACCACUU